UGGCCUGGAAUAAGCCAAUAAGGCAAUAAUCCAGUCAGCUGUCGUUCGUUAGUCGUCUCGUGAAAAAUAAAUAGUAGAUAGCCUAGGGUGUUCAUAUUUGAUAGUUUUCAAUAUUGUCAUCGAUUCUAAAAAGUGAUAACUGAUAGUCUGAUACGUCGUAAGACGGUCAUCAAUCAAGUUAGUUGAAAACUUGGUUGUUUAUUUGACAUGUUUUCGUUAAAUGACGAGGAAAAGAAAUUUUUUAGACAGAUUUUGAAUGCAGAGAAUCAUGGGACUAAUGUACUACCAGUCGAAAGAAAUGACCAAGCUUCUCGCCAGCAGCAUUUAAUAAAACCAAAAUCAGAGAUUAGGUAUCAAGAUAGGCCUACAACAUUCUCAGAUGGUUCAGCAACAGGUGGAGCUCAGUUGCCUUUCAAACAGUCAGCUAGUUCUUCUAAUGGAGCUAGAAAUAGCCAACAAAAGAAAUGGAACAAGAACUGCGAGAGUGGACUUCCUGCUUACAAAAAUGUGAAAACUGAAUCAGCCAGCCCCAUUGAUCCAAAUAAAACAGGUGGUAGGCCAAAAACUGGAAAUUGGAGAUCAAAAAAUGUUAACUCAACCACAACUGAUAGAUCAUUUACAAGACCCACACAAGACAACCAAGCUGUCCUUAAAACAUCACCAUCAUCCAUUUUGAGGCAGGAUGUUGGUGGAGCCAGACCAAGGACACAUAAUGUUGUCAAUCCUCAGAAUGACAGAGAAAAAAGAAAUGAUAAAGAUGGGAAUUUGCCAACCCAUCAAAGAAAUAAGCAACCUUUCAAGCACUAUCCUUUAAACUUUAGUGUUGUGCAGAAAAUGAUGACGGAAAACACUGAACCUCACAUCAUUGUUCAGAAAUUUACGGACGAAAAUGCUGGACUCGGGCAGUUUUUACAAAACAACUCCGCAAAUUGGGAGGUUACUGAACUCAUCCUCGCAGUGAUAGGAAACUUUUGCUUGAAGAAAGGAGUCAUGCUUUUUCACAACGCCUUUAUUAAUAUCGUUCAAAUAUUGGCUGAAAAUUCCGUGUUCGUUAAUUUAGAAAGUGUCAUACUAUAUAUACCUAAAUCUCGGUCCACAAAUCUGGGUUCUAAAGAAGAACGUUUAAAUCGACUCAUUAACAGCAUUAGUUAUUUGACGACGGAGAUGCUUACGGUGAUGCCAGCGCUCACCUGCGACUAUUUGGGGGAAAGAUUUUUUGAAGACGUAUGUGCCCUCAAAACUGUGCCAUCCAUCAGAGAUUCAAAUGUUAGCGAUGUUUUUAAGGCACUUGAAAAAGAGGGAGCUGAUCGCCUAAAGAAUGCUUGGGAACAACAUGCAAAAGCGAAAAAAACCCAAAGUAAUGAGAAACAAAGACAAACCAACAGAUUUCAACGUCAGGAGCUGCUGUCGCUACUUAAACCGCCAGAUGAUUUUCGACAACUCAGCGUAAUGCCGGAAUGGGAAGACGUAUGUUCGGACGCUGUACCUUUUCUACGCCCAAAUAUCAUCAAGGGAAGCUAUCCAGAUGUGGAUACCUACCUCGACAUUCAAUUCCGGCUAUUGCGUGAAGACUUCUUAAAUCCUUUGCGCGAAGGACUUGUUGCCUUUAGAACCAAGAUGGAAAAACAACCGAAACAGCACAUUCGUGUCGACAACAUUAGGCUGUAUUACGACGUUAAAAUCAAAGAUGACGACACCCCCGCCAGCGGCAACUACCUAUUAGAGUUUUCAACCAAAGGCUUUCAGCGUGUCAACUGGGAAGGCAGUAAGCGGUUGCUUUUUGGAUCUCUACUUUUAUUGUCGGCCAAUAAUUUCGACUCCUUCAUGCUAUUCACCGUCGUUGACAGAAAACCUGAGCAGUUGUCACGUGGUAGAAUUAAAGCCAAAUUUGAGGGUGAAUCUUUACCUACAUAUGCCAAGAAAGCAAAUUUAGUGAUGGCGGAAUCCUCGGUGUUCUUUGAAGCUUAUCGGAGUGUGUUAAUUGCACUACAGCGUAUUAGUCCUGCUCACUUUCCCAUGGAAGAUUAUAUUCUUUGUCGGAAUGUUCUGCCAGCUGAACCGGAAUACUUAAUAAGAACCCCAAACCCCGUCUACGAUUUGACAUCGGUGCGAAAAGCGUUUUCCAAGACGUUGCCUGGCGGAAAUACAAAUAAUGAAGACGAGGAAGGCGAAACAGUUGACAACGAGUGUCAGACUCUGAACCCUGCGCUACAUAGGUUGUUGGCGAAUGUUUCGCUAUUCGGCCUAUAUCCUGAUAACGAAACUCUUGGACUGGAUCCAAGCCAAGCUGACGCCUUUUAUGCCGCUUUAACCAGAAGACUGGUUGUUAUUCAAGGACCUCCAGGAACAGGAAAAACGUAUCUAGGCCUCAAAAUUGUUCAAACUCUACUAAUCAAUAAGCAAUAUUGGGUACCGAUGGGAAAACCCCAGCCUACUCCCAUAUUAGUGAUUUGCUAUACUAAUCACGCGCUAGAUCAGUUCUUAGAAGGAAUCAUGAAGUUUACGCAAAAAAUCGUCCGGAUUGGUGGUCAGUCUAAAUGUGCAGCCCUCGAGCCGUUCUCCCUCCGUGAAUGGAGAAAUCAGGCAACUACACUUAGAAAAAGACCUGCUCAAUAUCGCCAUUGGUUGUAUGAAGCCCGAACUAAAUUGAGUGAAACUAAAGGUGCACUUGAAAGGCGCCGGAGAGGACAAAAAAUUGUUGAGUCAUAUGGCAUAGUUCAUGAGGAUUCCCUGUUUAGUUUGGGAGUGCUACCUCAGAGCGUGUACAGUAGGUUUCUCGUCAUGAGAUCGAAAUCUAACAGCACUUCCGUUCUCCCUCAUUGGCUUGGUGUAGAAUCGAUUCAGAUUUUAAGGGACAUCGUCUGGACUUUAAAGAACAAUUUGGCCAAAUCACAAAAACUUCCGUCGAAAGUUUAUGUAGAACCUAUUGCAGCAGGUGAUGAUGAAUCCGGCAACGAGGAAGAAUGGGACAAAGAAGACGUCGAGGAAAUUCAAGGCCAAAGAAUGUUGGACGAUGAUAACGAAUUCAAUUUUGCCGAUGCAAAGAGAGAAAAGGAUUGGAAAUCUGAAAAUGCGAGAGAAAUUGAUGGAUUGAAAUUUGCCGUCUCCACUGCGAUACUUGACCAUGAUAUGAAUUCGUUGCUGGAGAUUCUGGAUCAGUUCGAUGGAGAAGAGUAUGAGUCAACUCAGAGACGGAUUGCUGAAAUUCAGCAACAAAAACAAUUACUCUCGGAGAUCCUUGAAAUUCUUCCAGCCACAGAUAUGGAUAAUUACAAGCAACUCAUUGAGAAGGAUCUUGUUCGCCUUUCGUACAUGGAUCGAUGGAAAAUUUAUUCCAUUUGGAAAGCUGAAACUUCAGUAAUUUUGGCUGAGGAGAUAAAUUCGUUGAACGUACAAGUUCUUCAGCAAACCAAUGAAAUGAAAGACGUCGAAACAAUUGAAACUGCUGAGAUUAUCCGCGAAGCUCAUGUUGUCGGAAUCACAACUACAGGAGCUGCCAAGAAUAGGGCGCUAUUAGAACACCUGAAAUCAAAAAUCGUCGUCGUUGAAGAGGCAGCCGAAGUUUUGGAGGCCCAUAUAGUGACUUCCAUGUCUUCUUCUUGCGAACAUUUGAUUUUAAUUGGUGAUCAUCAACAACUGCGACCUCCAACGACGGUGUAUAAAUUAGCGAAGGAUUACCACUUGGAUGUUUCACUGUUUGAACGUUUGAUCAUGAACGGAGUUGAGCCAAAUGUUUUGGGUGUCCAACACCGAAUGAGACCGGAUGUUGCUCGACUAAUCGUCCCAUCCAUUUACCCCCAUUUGGAAAACCACGAGUCUGUGUUGAGGUACUGGGAUGUUCCAGGAAUGGCGGAAAAUGUCUUUUUUCUGUCUCAUUUGGAACGAGAAAAAGGAGACCAAUCCGAUCAAGAAAGCCGCAGUCAUUUGAACCCUUAUGAAGCAGAUAUGGCUCUGGCCCUAGCUCGCCACCUAUUGAUGCAAGGCUUGGAGCCCAGUCAAAUAACAAUAUUGACAACCUAUUCCGGACAGUUGUUGCAUUUCAAAAAGUUGCGAAGAAGUCACGCAAUUCUUCAAGGCGUUCGCAUCUCAAUCGUCGACAAUUUUCAAGGAGAAGAGAAUGACAUCAUCAUCCUGUCUUUGGUGCGAAGCAACGACGAAGCUAAUGUUGGAUUUCUCAAAACAGAAAAUCGCGUCUGUGUUGCACUUUCUCGAGCUAAGAAAGGAUUCUACUUGAUUGGCAAUAUGGGCAAUUUAGCAGGGAGCAGUAAACUCUGGCGGGAAGUGAACAAAGUUUUGACGUCGAACAAACAGAUAGGACCCCAUUUCGACCUACAAUGUGAAGUCCAUCAUACUGUUAUCAAGGCCAAUAAAGUGUCCCAUUUCCCGCCAGAGGGUGGAUGUUUCGUCAAGUGCCUCACUCCGAUGCCUUGUGGACACACAUGCCCAAAAAUUUGCCAUGUUGAGGAUCGUGAGCACAGGCGACAAAAAUGCCACGAAGCCUGCUUGCGCUCCUGUUCCGUUGGUCAUCCUUGCCCCAAAAGAUGUUACCAGGAUUGCAACCCGUGUUUGACGAAAAUUCCGAAAAUUCUUAUACCAUGUAAUCACACUCAAAUAACUGAGUGUUACAAAGACCCGGAAAAGGAAUAUUGUUUGACGAAAGUUGUUAAGGCUUUACCAAUCUGCAAACAUACCAUGGAACUAGACUGUGGUAAGUCAGUUGAGGAAGUCAAAUGUCCGGAACAGUGUGGCAUGCAUCUAGAUUGCGAUCAUAUCUGCAAUCGAAUUUGCCACAAGAGAAGCUCCCACGGCAAAAUGCCAUGCACCCAACCGUGUCGCCGUUUUACCUGCCCUGAAAAACAUCCUUGCCCAAAGCAAUGUUAUGAGGAAUGCGGGAAAUGUCUCGUUGAUGUAGUCAAGAAAUUACCUUGUGGACAUGAUGGUAAAAUCAAAUGCUGGCAGCUUCCUAAAGACGCCUACUGUAAAGUUAAGGUGGAGAGAAUUCUUUCCGGCUGCCAACAUACGGCCUUUUUCGACUGUAGCCAAUCCACUGAAGGUUACAGAUGCACUCGUCAGUGUGGCAAACUGCUGUGUAACGAUGGGCACGUAUGUCGAAAGCCUUGCUGUGAACCAUGUGGCCCCUGCAAUACUCAAGUGAAGCGGAUACUAAGUUGCGGUCAUGAAACUCAGACGGCGUGUUACAAGGAUCCUCUGACAAUCAAAUGUAAGUUCCCCAAAGAAGUUACUCUACCCGGUUGCGGCCACAAGGUUGAAAUCGCUUGUAGCGACAAUCCCGAAACAGCUCUCUGCCCAAGGCCUUGCGACACACGUCUCAAUUGUGGGCAUCAAUGCACGGAAUUGUGUCAUGUCAAAAACGAUCCUCACCACGAAAAGUAUCUGUGCAAGAAAGCUUGCAGUCGGAAUAAAAUUGAUUGCAAACUGGAUCAUAAGUGCGGGAAGAAAUGUCACGAAGACUGUGAUCUUUGUACCAUCAAGAUCGACCGUCAAUUACCUUGUGGUCAUUCUCAAGUGGCUGAAUGUUAUUUAAAUAAUGAAGAAAUUAAGUGCAGGGAAAUGGUCAACAAAACUAUAACUGAGUGUAUGCAUUCGAUUCGUGUCGAGUGUUCCACCAUUGCAAGUCGCCGGUUGUGUAAUCAGCCAUGUGUCAAGAUCAUGAGUUGUGGUCACCAGUGUAAGAGGAAAUGCAAAGAAACAUGCUCACCAUUAGUUUGCCAGGAACUUGUACGGACUUCGAAGUUAAGUCCCUGUGGGCACCCCGUGAUGAAGACUUGCAACGAUCAUCACUCAUCUUUUGUAGUGACAGAGACACAGGUGGAGAGAUUUCUACAAGAGUGCCCACAAAAGUGUCACGCCAACUUGCUUUGCGAACAUUCUUGUAAAGGAUCUUGCGGGCAAUGUUUCAAUGGACGUCUUCACAAAGCGUGCGAGGAAAAAUGUGGACGGACCCUAGUUUGUGGACAUAACUGUGGUGUGAACUGUGCCAUUUCAUGCCCACCUUGUAAGGAAGUAUGCCAAUAUCGCUGUCGGCACAGCAGAUGUCGCAAGAAAUGUUGCGAACCAUGCGUCGAUUGUGUUGAACCUUGUGGCUGGAAAUGUGAACAUUACUCAUGUUCUCUCAAAUGUUUUGAAUAUUGCAAUCGGCCUCGUUGUGAUGAACCCUGUCGGAAACGUCUCCCGUGCGGCCAUCCAUGCGUUGGACUCUGUGGUGAAAUCUGCCCUCCUCUUUGCCGUGUGUGUCACAAAGACCAGCUGACGGAAUUCAUGCUCUAUGGCAACGAAGAAGAAGAAGACGCCAGAUUCAUCUACUUGGAAGAUUGCCAGCAUACAAUAGAAGUAGAUGGGAUGGAUCAUUGGAUGGAGAUGAAAGAUGAAGAAACUCGUGAAAUCCAAAUGAAAUGCUGCCCGCGCUGUAAAACCAUUAUCCGCUCAUGUUACCGUUACGGAAAUGUUAUCAAGCGAAAUUUCGGCGACAUUGUGGAAGUAAAGAGGAUGCUUUUGCGUUCUCGUGAAAGCCCCAAAGAUUUCGCCGAGAAGCAUUUAAAACAGAUUGCGACAUGCCAUACCCUAAAUACUGAGCUGACUGGUAAACUCAACCAUGGCAUCACUGAUGUUUUAAUUUUUGGAUUGGAAGGAAUUCGGAAUAACCUCACUCCAACUAUUGUCCGAAAAAAACCCGAGUAUAAACGUUUGGAUGAAGAUACGCGCUAUCUGAUCCAAGUUCAAGUUGAUGUCAUAGAAAGAGUUUUGAGCGUCGUCAGAAAAUCCCCGGUGAUUACAGCAACUGGUAAUCAAGCUCCAAUUGGAUAUAUGAGUCGCCCUUUGCUGGAGGAUCUUUUAAAUCGAACGCAACAACUUCUUUUGUCUCUUUUCCAUCGCGAAAGAUUUGCGUCUCAAGAACAUGAAUGUUUCAUUGCCGAAGUCAACCGCUUGAACUUGAUUCGAGCCUUCUUUUUGUUGAAGAGCUCCUCCACCUACAACAGAAACUCUUUGAUAAACGAAGAAAAUCGGCAGGUAGAAGAGCUGUUGAUGAAGAAUGUGAAGCCAUUGAGGGAUCGUGAGAUCGUGGUGAUCAAAGAAACUUUGCAGAGGAUGGGCAAAAAAUUGAAUACUGGACUUGGCAUCAGCGACAUCGAACGUAAGGAAAUUAUUAAGGCCAUGGGACUUACACAGGGACACUGGUUCAAAUGUCCGAAUGGCCACAUCUACGCGAUUGGAGAGUGUGGAGGAGCAAUGCAGGAAGCCAAAUGCAACGAGUGCGGCGCCCAAAUCGGCGGAGGGAGUCAUACGCUUCGAUCAGACAACCGCGUUGCAGGCGAAAUGGAUGGGGCUCGAUUUGCUGCAUGGUCAGAGCAGGCAAAUAAUAUGGCCAAUUUUGAAAUAGAUGAUUAAGUGUUAUCAUUCAUCUAAUCUAUCUAUCAAGUGUUCGGUUCUUAGUGAUACCACGGUGAUACAGUCAUUAUGGACAUUUCUUAAUAACUUUUUUUUUAUUCAUUUUCGCUCGCUGGCGUCUAAAACUCUAAAGCAAGGAAUGUAUGAUGCUGUUUGUCCCCCAAAAAAACUAAGUUUUGUAUUGUUAUUCAAAAUAUUUUGGUGGACCACAUGAAACAAUAUUACUCUGUCUGUAUUCAUUGUUUGGAAUAAGGAAAUUCUUCUUCGACUCUGGUUUCUUGUAAUAAAGUUGUAAUGUCUUGUCUUCUUGAA